CGCUCGGCCUGCGCCAUGUCCGGGCCGGUGGGCCCCGAGCCCCGCACCGGAGCCAGCCCCGCUCCAAGCCCGCUGUGUCCCCGCAGGAAGCAGCCUCACCCCCGGUACCGCACCACGAACCAGACGUACGGCAGCAGAGCCCCCACGGUGCACGAGCUGCCGAGCUCCUUCCACACCACCUCCCACAGCUUCACGAGGACCCAAGGCAUGGGGGGCCCAUACAGGAACUGUGGGCUCAACAUGGCCCUGGAGAAGAGCCACGUCACGGGCCCAGACAACUUCAUCACCGCCCAUGACCACGACUUCCACCCCAGCUACAACCCCAAGAGCCCGUCCCACUGCUAGAGCUGCAAUGGGAGCAAUGGGGUCACUGCUGGCUGAAUACCCCCCCCAAAGGCUCCUGAGCAAACAGCACUGACCUGCCCCUCAGUCUCCUCUUUGCAAGCCUGACAAGAAGCACUACACUGCAAUGGAAUUCACAGGCUCACUACUCGCAGCAGAUUGACCCACACGCCUCCACCAGUGACCACCUAAGUCAGGCCUGGCUAAGGCCUGCCUAAGCUUUGGGGAAACCCAGUUUAAAAGUGUUAUUAAAACUGAGGCCAGGAAUUUGUUGCGAGAAACACGUGAGCCAAGUCAGUACCAGAGGGAAAUCACUACAGAAUGAGGGUUAUUAGGAACAACAAUUGAAGAGUUAAGGUUAUUAAAUGCUAAAUAGUGCAUAUGAACCAUUUACUUAGUUUUAGGCAGCAUAAAUACUAGGACAAUAUACAUUACAUACCUAUAUUCCCCUAACCUUUUCUCUGCUACUAAUGAUGCUUUAAGCUCUUGGCUCAUGUACCACACAUCAUUAAAAUUUAAGACC